UCCAAAUGUUUUCGCAAUGGUCGUCAACUUCCGGUUCUGCACAAGCAUGUUCGACGGAUCAAGUAGUGACGAGGACGGUGAAUUUCAAAUCAACAAGGAGUAUGCAGAUCGAUACAAUAAGUGGAGGAAAGCAGAGGAGCUACAAAGAUUGAAGGACAAAUAUGGAGACGUGGAAGGAUCCGAUUCUGACUCUGACUCUGAAAGCGAGGAUGAAGAUGGGGAGGCACUCACUGCAAAUCUGGAGAAAGGUUGGCUGAAGACCCUUUCUGCAUUGAAAAACAAGGAUCCAAAGAUCUACCAGAAAGAUGUCAAGUUUUAUUCAAGUGAUGAAGAAGGCAGCAGCGGAAAGGAAAAGAAAAAGAAGGACAAACCACUGUAUCUGAAGGACUAUGAAAGGAAGCUGAUCCUGGAGAAACAAGGGGACUCCAGCAGUGAUGACAGUGACUCAGGCGUUGGGGACCCAGACCAGACACCCGGCUACUACAAGCAACAGGAACAGCUUCGGAAAAGCAUUGCUGAGGCAGUGGUUGAGUCAAGCGACAGUGAUGAGGAUCUGCUGACUCACAGGGUCAAGACACAAGAUGAGGAGAAAGAUGAGGAGAAGGAAUACCUUGCAUGGCUCAAAGGUCAGAAGAAGACGUUGAAGUCGCACCAAGCUGUGAAGGAGGAGCUGGAACCACUGAGGAAGUACUGGAAUGAUCCCAAACUGGAUGAGGGGGAGAAGUUCCUGAAGGACUUCAUCCUGAACAAGAGAUACGUCGACAAGGAUGCAGAGAGGAUUCCUACCUAUGACGAGAUUGUGGAUGACAGUGAAGACAUCUCUGACGAGGAAUAUAUUGAAAUGCAGGAGAAGUUUGAGAGGAAGUACAAUUUUCGUUUUGAAGAACCAGGCGCUGAUGAUAUUAAGAGUUUCCCGAGGAGAAUCGAUGACUCUGUGAGGAGAAAGGACAACAAGAGAGCUGAUCAGAGAGUGGCUAAGAAAAGCAGGAAGAAGGAAGAGAAAGAUACCCGACUUGAUGAGCUAAAACAGCUGAAGAAGAUGAAGCGUCAGGAAAUUGAGCAAAAGAUUGAACAUCUCCGUGAGAUCACUGGUAACAAGGACAUUGGCUUCAGCUCUGCCGACCUGGAGGGUGACUUUGACCCUGAGGAACAUGAUCGUAUGAUGCAGCAAUACUUCGCUGACGAGUACUACGGGGAUGGAGACGAGGAGGAGGUUAAGCCACCAUGCCCUAUGGAGGAUGACGAUCUCCAGACAGACAACUGGGACUACUGGGCUGGGGAAGAGGAGAACAAGGACGAGCUGUACGCUGAUGACCCAGGCUUUGUGAUGGAUGCAGAUUAUGAUCCAAGUCAAGACACAAGGUCAGAAAAGAAGAAGAAAAAGAAGAAAAGUAAAUUAGCACAAGCUCUUUCUAAGGAGAAGCCUGUCUUCAACCCAGAUGACAAGUCAUUUGAGCAGUAUGUUGACGAAUACUACAAACUCGACUAUGAAGAUAUGAUCGGAGACAUACCAUGUAGAUUCAAGUAUCGGACAGUGAUGGCCAAUGACUUUGGUCUCAAUGUCAAUGAGAUUCUAACGUGUCGAGACAAGGAGCUGAACUCAUGGGUGUCGGUGAAGAAGAUGAGUCAAUACAGGAGUGAAGGGGAAGAGAAGCGAGACCUGUCAGUAUACAGACAUCGGGCAACCACCAAGAAGAAGACCAACAUCUUGACCUCACUGCAAGACAGUGUGAAAAAGGAACCUGACAGUCCCAAACCCAGCACCAGCUCCACAGCAGGAAGUGCCCAUGCAACCAGUCAGUCAAGGAAGAAGAAGAAAGGUGGCAGUGGCCAGGUGUUUGUCAAAGGUGAAGUAGACUCUGUGAGUGACACAGCAAAGGAGGAGGAUUGUGCAGAUGUUCCUGCUCUUGGGAAGAAGAAGAAGAAGAAAGGUGGCAGUGGCCAGGUGUUUGUCAAACAUGACGUAGACUCUGUGAGUGACACAGCAAAGGAGGAGGAUUGUGCAGAUGUUCCUGCUCAUGGAAAGAAGAAGAAGAAAGGAGCUAACGGCCAGGUUGUUGCCAAAAGUGAAGCUGAUUCUAUCGGUAGCAUAAACAUGGGCAAAGGGGUGGAUCGUGUAGACGGUCCUUCUGAUAAGAAAAUGAAAAAGAAGAAAAAGAGGAAGAGAACUGAGGAAGUGACCUCCUCCCAACAUGACAACGACAGCGCAGAAACACAUAGUCCAAAAAAAAGCAAGAAAGCCAAGUUGGACAAUGGUGUGCUUGAUACAAAAGGCAUGUCCACUCAAGAUGGUAAGAAAGAUUGUGAACAGUCACCGAAGAAACCCAAAAACAAGAAAGGAAAGAAAAAGAACUUUGGAAUGUCAGAUGACAGGUUGAAGGCAUAUGGUAUUGAUCCAAAAAAGAUCAGAUUUAUGAAAACAGACAAUUUUAAGAAGGAAAAACAGCAAUAGGAUAUUCAGAAUUUGUACAUAUGAAAUAAAAACAAA